AUGGUAGAUGCACGGGCAAGCGAGGAUGAGGAUACAUCUCCGUUCUUAGUUCGUCUAUUUCACCGAACUGGCAGCUUUCACAGGCCAGAGGAAUUUGCGUCACCAUCUCUACCGCCACAUGUUUCCAUCUACACCUGGUCAACGUGUACACUCUAUGAGCUAGCCCUAGAGCUAGCAGCGGCGAAACCAAGCGCAUUGCCUUCUCCUACUAUUGGCACGAGACUCUCUUUCCAGCUCGUCUGCCCAGAUCUACGCGGCACGAGUACUAUUAAUGCUGGUCAGCCCAAGUUUGCCGUCAAGGAGCUGGGAAGCAUUGUCAUUGGCGAGGGCUAUCCCGGCGCGGAGAACCCAGAUGAUGCCGAUCCAGAUGUCAUGAAGGAUGACAGUGAGAAGGACAAAACACUGGCCGACUGGAGAUUUGUGGUUGGCGAUUACAUCUCAUGUGCGAUCCUUCCUCCCUUGUCAGACGGCUCUGUGGCGCCACCAUCAAACGCCAGAAGAGGUUCAAUGUCCAGCGGGCGCGAUAGUCGUGGUAGCAACUUCAGGGGAGGAUUUCCAGGUCGAGACAGCAACUUUAGUCGCAAUCACGGCCGCCAGACUAGAGCGCCGAGCUGGAGAGACAACAGAUUCCCGUCUGGUGAUUGGAGGAGAGGAGAGCAGUUACCGGAAGGGCCGCCUGGGGGGUCACGAGGCAGAGGACGUUGGUACUAG